AUGCCGCGCUCUUUUCUCGUCAGGAAGCAGUUCGUGCCCCGCAGGAAGCCGAACUACAGCGAGCUGCAAGACUCUAGUUUGGAGUUCACCUUCCAGCAGCCUUACGACCAGGCCCACCUGCUGGCCACCAUCCCGCCUCCCGAGGUCCUCAAGCCCACGGCCUCGCUGCCCACACUCAUCUGGGACUCCCUGCUGGUGCCUCCCGUCCCGCGGGGGCCCGUGGUGGCCUGGGCCGCCCUGCAGGUGGCCGAGCUGACUGUGCUGUCCGAGGACAGUGGCCAGGGCUCACAGCCACCCAGCCCGCCCUCACCGGCGCCCUCCUCCUUCUCCUCGGCCUCACUCUCCUCCCUGGAGGCAGAGGUGUGUACCACCUGCCCGGCCUUGGGCCCACUGCCCAGGCCGCUGAGCCAGCUGUGCGGGACCAAGGAGCCCCAGGCCCGCAAGGCCUUCACCUGCAAAUAUUGCGACAAGGAGUACCUCAGCCUGGGCGCCCUCAAGAUGCACAUCCGCAGCCACACGCUGCCCUGCGUGUGCGCCACCUGUGGCAAGGCCUUCUCCAGGCCCUGGCUGCUGCAGGGCCACGUGCGGACCCACACAGGCGAGAAGCCCUUCUCCUGCUCUCACUGCAACCGCGCCUUUGCCGACCGCUCUAACCUGCGCGCGCACCUGCAGACGCAUUCAGACGUGAAAAAGUACCAGUGCGCGGUGUGCGCUCGGACCUUCUCCCGCAUGUCCUUGCUCCACAAGCACCAGGAAUCGGGCUGCACGGCGGGCCCACGCUGA